AUGGACGCUAACGGGCGGGAUCUCUUUCGCGUCAAUGUGUCUCGAGGAAGUGGCGCUGACUCUUCGCUCACGGCAUCCAUCGCUGCACCCUCUACACCGCGCGGGGCGUCUGCGACGCCUCUCUCCACCCCUGCUGGUGGCGGUGCGCCGGCACACCACCAGCACUCCCAACAGCAACAACAACAACGGAUUUCUAUGCGCACGCCCCUUGGAUCACCCCCGCUGAGUCUGAGGGGGGAUUCUCCCUCUAUUGUUCUGUCACACCCAGCGUCUCCGCCCCGUGUCCGCCCAACCGACGAACUCCCACCGACACGGGACGCUAAUAACGUGAUGCACAGCGCACCGACUGUCGUGAAGGAGGAGGAGAGCCUCUACCAUUUGCCCACUUCGCAGUCAUCUCCAUCAGCAAUACGAUCACCGGUCCCAGUCGCACUUCCGACAUUUGUCAACUCUGUUUCUAGUGGCUUCUCGGUGGCGCGUGCGCCGACCACCGUGUUUACUCCCACUGCGAAAGCAGACAAAGAGGAAAUACCAAUGCGGACCACAACGUGCCGAGUGUGCUCCUUGUGUGGCACCGCGGUGCUCCUCGUAGGGACCUUGGUGGAGCACCAACAGCAGUGGAAGGAACACGUGGGCUCGUGGGUGCACCAGCGAAACCUGCAGCUGCGCAGCGCGGCGGAGAACUGCGGUGCCCGGGCCCCAGCACGUGCCGUCGCGAUGACCAGUCCGCCACUGUCGCCGACUGUGCUGAAGGCGUUGGAAGAGAUCACGGCGUCACCGGUGGCAGCGGGAACGGACAACACCUCUGCUGAGAGUGUUUUAUUCCCGCACAGUGCUCCUGAAGUAGCCGAGAUGUUAGAGGCGCAAAGGAAAUCGCACAAGUCUUUAUCGCAGAAUACAAUGCGACACACUGCUUCUCCACCUGACGCGGUGAAGAAUAUGUAUAAGGGACUAUUCCUUGAGGGGAGCCGGCACGGCUCGUCAAGCGGCGAUGAGGAUGAGAAGGAAACCCCCUCUUGGGCACGCACGGGGGAACCUACCGCACAGGCGGGGAGGUGGCAGGAGAAGGUGAUGCUGCAGGAAGAGCCUCACAGACAGCGGCAUGUGUCGUUGCAACGGGUACACACAAAUAAUAUGGGAACUGCCUCGCGAACAAGAAAUCAUCAGCAAGAUAGUGGUGAUGGUAGCUCUUCGACGGACUCCGCUCUUGAAUCGCUGAUCCAGAGGCGCGAACAGAAGAAAGAGCGACAGCUGGAGCGUACACUUACACGGUUUAUGGUCAAGAAGGAACGCCAACAGCUACUUGUGUUGCUGCGCCGCUGGUAUAACAUAAUGUUUUUACGCGUACUGCAUAAUUCUUCUUCUCGCAAGGAGGCGGCCACGGUUCCGACUGUUGCAGAUCCUUCGGCUGCGAAACAGAUGGAUGUGAAGGAAAGUGAGGGUUGUACACCGUCCAGCGCCGCCGCGGCGAUCGAGGGGAGCGAUGAUGCUUCCGUGCCUGCCGUUGCACCACAACCAACACCAGCUGAGGCACGACCAAAUCGGUCGAAAAACCGGAAACCACAUGAGAAGAGGACAACUGGAGCUUCAGAGCACGGAGCUCCGUUCAUGGCGUCGCGUGUUAAGGAUUUUGCCCACUUAGUGGGCAGCUCCUUUUCGAGCAGCGUGGAGAUGGAGGUGGCGAAGACAGAUGUAAGUUGGUUCAUACACCGCACCACACCGAACCACCAACGCGAAGAUGUUGAGGAUAAGAGAUCUGGGGGUGCAUACGCGUGCUCAUUGGGCAGCGACAGCAGCAUUGAGGAGAUGAUCUCAUCGCUUGCCCAACCUUCACAAGAGCGUGUGAGAGCUGCGCUCCAGGGCGAACCCUUGCGCUCGUGUGCGUUUCCCAAGACGUCAGAGGCCCUCGGCUUUCUUCGAUCCUCUGUGACGACGGCUUCCUACUGGCCGUCUGGCUUCGUGGGUGGUAGUUGCGGGAGUUCCGCGUCGUAUCCGAUGGCCCAUGUCAUGCAGAGUGUAUUGGAGGAGACGGGGCACGAGGGUCAAGAACGGCAUCCUUCAGUAGCCUCCACAACAGUGAAGAGAAACACUACGGAAGAGACCUCCACGGAUGCCUGCGCGCCCCAGGAGACGUACACUGCAACCCUUACCAGAGAAGCAGAAGAACAGCCGCUGUCUAGGGCUACGGAUGUGGCAGCCGAAAUGGUGCAACAACAGCAACGACAGCAAAAACAGCAGCAUUCACAGGAACCCACGACGAUAGAAACAGUAACAACAACAACAACAACGAUUGCAGACGCGGCACAACAUGCCUCCUCAUACGCGGAGCGUUCUGUUGGACGGACGGCUAAUGAUACCAAUAGUUGCGAAGAUCCGUCACAAACGGUUCGGCAUCUUGACCAAGAGGGACUUCUAAAGGAAAGUCAACUCACUCCUGCGGAUGAUCACAGCCCAUCCCCACCGCUAGAACAUGAUGCUGGGGACUGCGAUGUGGUCGGGUCACCCGACACAGAUGGGUAUCAGGGUUACGCAACAAACGUGCCGUCGUCAUCAUCGCCACCACACCGGGCUGCCGAAUGCGAUGGUUCAUCACCACCACCACCACCAUUGCACACUCGCCGUGGUCGGUGGACGCGUGACACCACAGAGAAUGCCUUUAGAGGCGUUCCCGGUGAGUACUACUGCUACUACGACGGGGCGUACCACCACGUGCGGGACCCAACAUCGGACAUGUACUGCGACGCAUGGGGCCAGCGGCUUCCAAUGUACAUCGUGCGCCGCGGCGAGUCGCCAGCGAGGUCGCCGACUCGUCGCAACUGGCGUCCAACGACACGCCCGCGCAGCCCGCUCGGUCCCAGCCGCCUGAAUCCGUACUGUGACGUCUGCGUGGCACGGUACAACCUCGUUUGGGUCGGGGAGGACAUGCAGCCGGUGGCACCCACACCGGCCCGCAAACGCAGGACGGCGAGCGAGACAGAACGGGGCUCUGCAUGCGUAUGCAGCAGCACGAGGGCGCAAUCCUUGUCGUCAUCGCCGCGGCGGCUGCGGCGACCAGAUCCGCUGGUGUUCGCCCACCCGCCUCACCGAGGUUUGUCGGACGGCUUGCGCAAGGGGCGGCGUCGCUCUGCUGCUGCGGCGGUGCAUCAGCAGGAUGAGGUGCAGGAACAGCAACAGCAGGAGCAGCACGCACGGGGGCUGCAGAGAGAUCUUCCUGACGAAGGCGACACUCAGCGUGAUGGGCGCACUGCUGACACUUUGAGCGGUGCGACGGAGCUGCAUAACACGAAUGGCGCGUGGUCGAGCAAUGACGGCGUGCGCGGUGUGAUGCAUGACGUUUCCCCGGAAGGCGAGGCGUGGCUGCGUCGGCAGGAGCGGCGGGUGCGGCGGCGCAUGAAAUUACUCCUGUGGCAUGAUCUACCGGAGAGCCGUGGGAGUCACCAGUGGGUGGAGUAUCUCACGUCGCUGAAGGAGGCGACACAAAUGUUAGAGGCGCUGCGGAGAGGGCGGACGUCAAGGGGGACUUCGUAA